GCAAUGGACAUAAAGAUGAUCCUGAGCCUCUUACCCUCAACCAAGUUUGGAUUGAUCCCUCAUAAACAUCCAUUCCGUUUCAUUUUGAGUUUCUUCUCGCAAGCGUACUCUACGACACAAGUCAAGCCUCGUCUUGCUCGAUCUGCCAAAACUACUAUCCGCCAUGCUCACUAAAAAUAUGAUGAGGUCAACUGUGACCCCCACGCCGUCCA